CCAUGUUGCUAUGACAACAGACCCCAACAAGUGUUUCCAUGGCGACACAUUGGCGGUACACAGUUUCCAGGCUCGAGACAGAAGUGAUCUGUGCUGUAGGAUACCAUGCCUCCGAAAAACAAAGACUCGAGUAAAAAGCCUGCAAAGACCAGGACACCCACUCUGAUAGAUGGACUCACCAAGGAGGAGCUGUCCAAGGAGCAGAUGGAAGAACACAUUGUGCGCCUUCGAGAGGAGCUGGAUCGAGAGAGGGAGGAGCGAAACUACUUUCAGCUGGAGAGGGACACGAUUCAAACCUUCUCGGGGAACACACAGAGAGAGCUACAGGAAGUGACGGCUGAAUUGAAACACCUAGAAAAGGACACUGAAGAAGAUGAGAGGCGCCACCAAGUAGAGAUCAAGGUGUUUAACCAGAAGAUGAAGCACCUGCUUUGUGAACACCAGAACACGAUCUCUGAGUUGAGAGCAAAUGGUUUAGCCUCGACUGAGAUGCAGCACAAAGAGCAAAAUAAAUUAGAGACUGAGCUUCAUAAGAGAAUUAAGGCCAUGAAGGUCGAGAUGGAGGAGAUUAAUGUUGACAACCUCGUCAAGGAGCUUGAGCUGAAACAUGCCGAAGAGAUGAGUAAAUUGAGGGACAUAUUGGAGAAGCAGCUUACAGAAACUGAAGCUGUGUAUGAGGAAAAGAUGACGCUUCUGCUGCAAGAGCUGGACAACAUGAGGAAAAAUGAGAUCAGUGAGAGAGAAGAUCAGUGGAACAGCCACGUCGAUGGUCUCAUAUCAGACCACAACAAAGCUCUCAGUGAAGCUAGUGAGCUGGUUCAAGACUUACAACAGGUUCUGGAGGAGAAUCAUUCACUCAAGACACAAAUGAAAGAAAUGAAGACGAAACAGCAGCAGGAGGAAAAGGACCUGAUCCUUGUUUUGCGCGAUAACAAACGUCUUGCUGAGCAUCUUUCGAAAGCUAAAGAGGAAAUCGUUGAAAUGGAGAAAAAAAUGAAACACGGGAGAAUGGAAAAGGACACCAAAGAAAAGAUCAUAGAAAAGAAGAUGAAUGAUCUGAAACAGGAUCAAAAGACGCUGAAAGAGAAAUUCGACAAGCUUCAGCUUGAGAGGGACGAGCUGUGCAAGACGCACUCUCAGUCUAUUCAGAGGGUGCAGCAUAAAACAGAUCUGAAGAACAUGCAGCUGGAGAGGAAUCUGAAAGCUCUCACAGACAGUCUGGAGAAGACAAACGCUCAGCUCCAGUCUGUGCUCUCUGCCUCUAACAUGGACCACACAGCCCUGUGUGAGCUCAUCAACAACAUUGAGGAAAACCUUGAUUCCAACAAUAAUACCAUCAAGAUCUUACAAUUUAAAAAAGAUCAGAUUUCCAAGGCUCGUGAGGAUUUGCUGCUUUACUACAAGGCCAAGCAAAGGGCUCUUGAUGUCCCAGUGGAGGAGCUUCAUGCUGAGCCCUUUGAGAGCAGUCGUGCUGGAGAAAGUCAAGGACGGGUCUUAGAUCUUCGCUUUGCCCAGAAGUGAUUAAACACAUUUUAGAUAAAAACACCAUCAGCAAAGCUUUGAUGCAGGGAC